ACUUGCAUUCCAUAAGUGAAACGAAGUUAACUUUACUUUAAUAAACACCAUAGAAAAUAUAGUAGUACUAUAUUUUCUAUGAUAAACACACAUUUACAAGUUUGAGCAAGCACUUUAUAAAUUAAUUUUUUUAUAUAGUUUAAGUGGUGUAAAUUUAAAGUUUAUAGUUGUAGUAUAUUACUGACUUAGUAUGGGUGAGCCAGAAGGAUAUCUUCCUUUUCCUAAAGGAUUUAGCACGUCAGCCAUUCACCAUUCGCAGGAACCAGAGCAGUGGGAUUCUUGGGCCGUGGUAACUCCAUUAGUAACUUCAACAACUUUCAAGCAACAUGGACCAGCUGAAUUCAAGAAAUAUGAAUAUGGUAGGUCUGGAAACCCCACAAGAAAUGUUUUAGAAAAUGUCCUUGCGAAAUUAGACAAUGGAAAGUAUGGUUUAACAUUUGCAUCGGGUUUAGGGGCCACGACAACAUUGUUUGGCUUGCUUCAAAGUGGAGACAACAUACUUGUUGGUGAUGAUGUGUAUGGAGGCACCAACCGACUAUUUAACAAAGUGGGGGCAAGGUUUGGACUUGAAAUUACAUUAAUUGAUUUAACUGAUCUCCAGAAUUUGGAAAAAUCAAUAAAGCCAAAUACCAAGGUUGUUUGGCUAGAGACACCAACAAACCCAACUCUGAAAGUAAUCGACCUAAAAGCCGCAUCAGAAAUUACAAAAAAACACAAUAUCAUUCUUGUGGUGGACAACACUUUUGUAACUCCUUAUCUUCAAAGACCACUUGAUUUUGGAGCCGAUUUAGUUUUGUAUUCACUUACGAAAUAUAUGAAUGGGCACUCGGAUGUAGUUAUGGGUGCUAUAAUUACUUCAAAUAAAGAUCUUUAUGAGAAGUUGAAGUUUCUACAAAAUGCCAUGGGAGUAGUGCCAGCACCAUUCGAUUGCUAUCAGGUUCUCAGAAGUCUUAAGACUUUAGCUAUUAGAAUGGAACGACACCAUGAAAACUCCUUAGCAAUAGCCAAGUACUUGGAACAACAUCCAAAGGUAGACAAGGUGCUACAUCCAUGUCUGCCGUCUCAUCCUCAAUAUGAAUUGACAAAAAGGCAAUCUAGCGGCCAUAGUGGUGUGUUUUCUUUUUAUAUUAAAGGUGGAUUAGAGCAGUCUAGAACAUUUUUGAAAGCCCUUAAAGUUUUUACAUUGGCAGAAAGUUUGGGCGGAUAUGAAAGUUUGAUUGAAUUGCCGUGUGUUAUGACUCAUGCCUCAGUACCACCAGAAUUGAGAGACACUUUGGGAAUAUCUGAUACUCUCAUUAGAUUGUCUGUAGGAAUUGAAGAUGCUGAAGAUUUGAUAGCUGAUAUGGAGCAAGCAUUUAGUCAAAUCAAUUAACAAUAAUUACUAAAAAAAUGUUAGAGCAAUAUUUUUUCCAAAGGGGUAAUUUUUUAUUAAAUUGUUUAUUUUUUA